AUGAAGACCCUCUUCGAGAAAGACGACGGCCCGCUCGUCAUCCCCUUGCCCCAGCCUCUACGUUCCAAAAAGGCCAAAAUCGAAGGAGAAGAGAAGCCGACAUCGGCACCGGCCGUCGUGGACCCGAAGCUUGCGGGCCUGUCGGCGGAGGACAGGGAAGCGGCCGAAGCGCUGAUCAAGGAGGGUAAGGAGGGCAUCCAGGUCGAGCCCGAGGAGGAGGACAUGCCGCUGCUCCUCAAGUACCGCCUCCCCGGCCUCGACACCAUCGAAGACGAAGACGAGAAGUUCCGAUUCGAUGUGGAGUCGCGGCCGGAGGAGACGACGGCGUCGGCCUAUGAUCGGGUCCCGGUGGAGAAGUUUGGCGAGGCCAUGCUCCGCGGCAUGCUCUGGAAGCCCGGCGAUCCCAUCGGCAACACCAACAAGGCUGUGGUCAAGCCGGUCGAGUUCAUUGCGCGCCAUCAUCGCCUGGGUCUGGGGGCCGCGCCCAAGGCGCCCGAGCCCACGAAAAAGAAGUUCAUCAAGCCGGGCGAGAGCCGGGAACCCAAGCAAAUGAUGGUGCUGCCGCGGGACAAGGACGGGAGGCAGCGACACGUGCGCGACCUGGACCAGAAGCUGGUGGCCUUCCGGCCGGAGGGGAUCCACCCGGGCAACCUCGUGGGCGUCGUCUCGGGCGAGCACGAGGGCAUGUACGCGCGCAUCGUGCAGCUCCUGGCCGGCGACAAAGUCCGGAUUCGAUUCGAGAGCGAGGAGGAGGUGACCGUCAACCGAAUAGACCUCGCGCCGCUCAACUCGACGCAGCUCAAACAGGGUCACCCGGCUCUCGGCAUCCGCGACGGAGGCGACGACGGCGACGUGGAGGAAGAAGGCGCUGAAGAUGAUGACGACGAUGACGAUGGUGAAGAUGACGAUGACCACCACAAGGCGGCGGGAGGUGAGAAAGGCGUCGAGUGGGAGCAGGAGACGACCAACACGAUCGACGGCAAGUCGGGCGGCAGCGCCGGCAAGUCGUCGGCCAGGGACGACGCAAAGAGCAGCAGCGGCGGCGGCGGUGGCAGCACAAAGCGAAGGGAGGAGGAGAAGGAAAAGAAAGAGAAGAUGAAGCGGGAGGAGAAGAGGAAGGAGCCGGUGUGGCUGCGACCGGGCAUCACGGUCCGAAUCGUGAGCAAGAGCCUCGGGGAAAAGUACUACCGCAAGAAGGUCAAGGUCGUGGACGUCGUCGCCGGCGACAUCUGCACCAUCAUGCUCGACUCUGGGCGGAUUCUUGAAAAUAUCCGACAGCGGCAAGUGGAGACGGUGAUCCCCGACGUGGGCAGGCGGGUGGUGGUCGUGCUGGGCCGCGACCGAGGGAAGGUGGGCAAGCUGCUCCAGAAGAGCACCUCCAAGGAGACCGCCGUCGUCCAGUUCGAGGGCGACUGGGCCGGCGAGGUGGGCACCUACGGCCUCGACGACAUCUCCGAAUACCGAGGCGAGCACUAG